GCCCUGGCUUGCCCGUCCCCUACCGCCAUGAGGUGUCAGAUUGUGUUUCCGGCUGCCUCUUCCCGUUGACCCCCUCCUCCCCCAACACCUGUCCCCUCUCCUGCCCACCCUCAUUCCACAGCCCAGUAGACGGGAGGGGCAGAUGCACAUCCCAGUCAGAGGGAUGGGAUGGAGGGGCCAGUGCUGACACUGGGGCUGCUGGCUGCCCUGGCGGUGUGUGGCAGCUGGGGGCUGAACGAGGAGGAGCGGCUGAUCCGGCACCUGUUUCAAGAGAAGGGCUACAACAAGGAGCUCCGGCCCGUGGCACACAAAGAGGAGAGUGUGGACGUUUCCCUGGCCCUCACACUCUCCAACCUCAUCUCCCUGAAGGAAGUUGAGGAGACCCUCACUACCAACGUGUGGAUAGAGCACGGCUGGACAGACAACCGGCUGAAGUGGAAUGCUGAAGAAUUUGGAAACAUCAGUGUCCUGCGCCUCCCCCCGGACAUGGUGUGGCUCCCAGAGAUUGUGCUGGAGAACAACAAUGACGGCUCCUUCCAGAUUUCCUACUCCUGCAACGUGCUUGUCUAUGACUACGGCUUUGUGUACUGGCUGCCGCCUGCCAUCUUCCGCUCCUCCUGCCCCAUCUCUGUCACCUAUUUCCCCUUCGACUGGCAGAACUGCUCCCUCAAGUUCAGUUCCCUCAAGUACACGGCCAAAGAGAUCACCCUGAGCCUGAAACAGGACGCCGAAGAGAACCGCACCUACCCUGUGGAGUGGAUCAUCAUUGAUCCUGAAGGCUUCACAGAGAACGGGGAGUGGGAGAUAGUCCACCGGCCGGCCAGAGUCAACGUGGACCCCAGAGCCCCUCUGGACAGCCCCAGCCGCCAGGACGUCACCUUCUACCUCAUCAUCCGCCGCAAGCCCCUCUUCUACAUCAUCAACAUCCUGGUGCCCUGCGUGCUCAUCUCCUUCAUGGUCAACCUGGUCUUCUACCUACCAGCCGACAGUGGCGAGAAGACAUCAGUGGCCAUCUCGGUGCUCCUGGCUCAGUCUGUCUUCCUGCUGCUCAUCUCCAAGCGUCUGCCCGCCACAUCCAUGGCCAUCCCCCUUAUCGGCAAGUUCCUGCUCUUCGGCAUGGUGCUGGUCACCAUGGUUGUGGUGAUCUGUGUCAUCGUGCUCAACAUCCACUUCCGAACACCCAGCACCCAUGUGCUGUCUGAGGGGGUCAAGAAGCUCUUCCUGGAGACCCUGCCGGAGCUCCUGCACAUGUCCCGCCCAGCAGAGGAUGGACCCAGCCCUGGGGCCCUGGUGCGGAGGAGCAGCUCCCUGGGAUACAUCUCCAAGGCCGAGGAGUACUUCUUGCUCAAGUCCCGCAGUGACCUCAUGUUCGAGAAGCAGUCAGAGCGGCACGGGCUGGCCAGGCGCCUCACCACUGCACGCCGGCCCCCAGCAAGCUCUGAGCAAGCCCAGCAGGAACUCUUCAAUGAGCUGAAGCCAGCUGUGGACGGGGCAAACUUCAUUGUUAACCACAUGAGGGACCAGAACAAUUACAAUGAGGAGAAAGACAGCUGGAACCGAGUGGCACGCACAGUGGACCGCCUCUGCCUGUUUGUGGUGACGCCUGUCAUGGUGGUGGGCACAGCCUGGAUCUUCCUGCAGGGCGUUUACAACCAGCCACCACCCCAGCCUUUUCCCGGGGACCCCUACUCCUACGACGUGCAGGACAAGCGCUUCAUCUAGGGUGGGCCUGUGGGGGAGCCAGGAGACAGCAGGGUCUGAGAGAGGAGCCACGGUCCCUAAUGAGACCCACUCCUAGCCCUGAGGCUCACGCCCCUCACACUGGGGAAGAGUCCAAGGAAGGGAGGGAGCAGCCACUCCUCAAUGCUCAAUGGCUCCCCUGAAAUCAAGACAGGGGCCACCUGAGAUGGUCUGAGGGUGGACAUCGGCUACAGCGGGUGGGCAGGACGAUUUGGGGGGAGGCCUGAGGCUGGUUCAGGGUCCAGGGAGGAGGUCACUCAGGGUGGCCUCAGGGGGAGAGCUCUGAUAAGGGUGAGACAGAUAGGGCCCCUUCUCUGCUCCUCCUCCCCCAAGGUGUGGGGUAGAGCAGACAGGAAUCUGCGCCUUCACUCUCUGGCCCCUCCAGCCUCCCUCUUCCCACCUACCCUUCAACCUUAGGCUUCUGAGGCCUCACCUGGGACUGAGGUUGAAGACACCUCCCUCCCUCCAGACCCCAGAGUAUCCUUUCCUAACUCUUUCUGCCUUGACCACUCUGCCUAUGUCCCUUUGGGAAGUUGAGGACUGGAAUGGAAAGGUCAGGAUCGACAUCCACAAAGACUUGGGGUCAGCCUGAGGUUGCACACAAAAUCCUAGAGGACCAGAACACAGCACCUCUCCCCAAAGGGCCCCUGCCCCCCAGCACCUACUCCUCUCCAAAAUAGGGUUGUCAUGCAUUAUUUGGGGCAUAUGUAUUCUAAAAAAUCAUUCGUUGUUUCUCUGAAAUUUGUCCCACACUUUUAUUUGCUAAAUCUAGCAACCCUAUCCCAAAGGCAGCCUCCACUCAAUCCUAUCCUGAGGGCCAAAGACCAAGGCUGCAGGAAUUGGGAGACAAGGGUCUGUUUGUAUGGCGGCCCACCUCCAAGAUGGCCCCAGUGAUGCCCAGUAUUCACACCCUUGUGCAGUCCCCUCACUCUGUACCGGGGGGGUCUGGGUAACCAAUAGAAUGAGGCAGAAGUGAUGGUAUCUCACUUCCCAGAUUCGGUUAGGAAAGACACUGUGGCCUCUUUCUUGCUCAUUAGCCCUCAUUCUCACAUCAGUUGGAUCUCUCACUUUGGGGAAGCCAGCUGGCAUGUUGAGGAGCCCUAUGGAGAGGUCCACAUGGCAAGGAACUAAGGCCUCCUGCCAACAGCCACGUGAGUGAAUGUGGAAAUGAAUCCUCUGCCCCAGUAGGGCCUUCGGAUGAGAUCACAGCCCAGUAGACAUGUUACGUGCAGGCCCAUGAAAGUCCCUAAGCCAGAACCACAAGCUAAGUGGCUCCUGGAUUCCUGACCCCCAGAAACUGUGUGAGAUAAUAAAUGUGUGUUGUUUUAAGUGA